AUGCAGCCUCAGAGCUCGGUGUUUCGUCAUCGCGCUCGGCUCCAUGAGGAGGCGGAGAACAGCCGCGCGAAUGCGGGUGUGAUCAGCGAGGCAACGGAGGAGGAGAACAACGAGAUCAUGCGCGCCCUUUUGGGCGAUGUGCGCUCCGUGCGGCACAAAUUCACCGCGAUGGGCGAGGAGGUGCGGCGACAGAACACACUACUUGACAGCCUUGAAGCGGUUUUUGCCCGCACACGCGUGCGUCUGGGACGGACGCUGCGUCAGUUGGAUGUGGCGGGGGUGACGAGUGUCACGCACAUGUGGGUGUUGUUUGUGUUUGUCAUUGUAGUCUUUAUGCUGAUAUACUUCAUGCUGAAGUUUGGCUGA